CCGUGUAUAAAUAUGUUAACGCAUUGCAGUUCAAACCCAGACGGUAGAGGAACAUUUAAAAGUUAUCCUAGAGGAUAACAGCGUGAUUGAUCCAAAUCUGCGCGAUGUAACAUCUAAUGAUCUCCCUGCCUGGUACAACAAAAAUAUAUAUAAAGAAGCUCAAAAUUAUUAUAAGCGGAACUUGCUGUCAAUAGUAGCGGCAAGCACAGUAGGACUUAUAAUAGUAUUUGCAGUGGAGACAAUACUAAAGGUACUCUUGUGCACAAAAAGAAGUAGUUCGACCUGUUUGGCUUUUAAGAGAUAUGUAGAAACUCUGCAGCAUCUACACAACAUAUCUACGUGCGAUCCAGCUGAUACCAAUUCCAAAUGGUACAAAUCGAUGAACACAAUCCGCUGGCACCAUAAAAUAGGCAGCAUGAAAUCAAAGAAUGCUGGUUUAGGAGAAAUUACUCAAAGAGACAUGGUGCUUACUCAGUACGGUUUUGUUGGAUUUAUAUACAAUGCGCCUAACAGUUUUGGAUUGUCCAAUACACUGGAAGAAAAUGAAGCAUUUAAUCAUUUCUGGCGCGUAAAUGCUUAUAUGUUAGGAAUCUCUGAUAGAUUUAACCUGUGUCGCAAAAACGCUAAGGAGACUUCUGAAUUAUGUCAGAAGCUCAAACAACUCUAUGCGACUUAUUUAACUGAAGUGUCAUCGGAAUUUGACGAAAUAUCGACACACGCUUUAGAUGCCUUUUGGUACAUCGAUAUCACGGCGGAUAAAGAAUCUUUUAUGUCGUUCACGUAUAAAUUACACGAUCUCCCAUAUAAAAAGCUUGGAUGGUAUAGUUGGUUAAUUACGAAAUAUCGUGAGACGAUGUUUUAUUUGUGUCUUGUACCUUAUAUCGGACCAGUAGCAAAAAUAUAUAAUUACUACUUGGUUACAUUUAUAAUUUGGAGUUCUAAAAACUUUCCUAUACUUGCCUGGAUAAAAUUUGGAAAAAAUAACGUUCGACUUAAUCUAUACCCUAAACACUAAUAGCCUUAACUUUGCUGACGAUUUACAAUAUCGACCAUAGUAUAAAUAUACAUAUUAUACUAUGUACAUUUAUACUAUGUCGAUAUUGUAAAUCGUCAGCAAAGUUAAAGCUAUUAGAUAGACCAUAGUAUAAAUAUACAUAGUAUACUAUGUACAUUUAUACUAUGUUGAUAUUGUAAAUCGUCAGCAAAGUUAAAGCUAUUAGUGUUUAGAGUCUACAAAGAACAGACCUAUAAAUAUACAGGACAUAGGACACACAUACACGCACACACACACAGGACAUACGUCACUGUGGAGGCUGUUGUAUUCUUGGUAGGACAAAUUGAAAUACGCACACUGAGAGACCCAAUUAGUUGAUAGAACCAAAAUUUUUUUGUUGGCGAGUUUUGUUUUGUUGAAUUAAAUCACUUGAUUUCUGCAAAUGAUUAAGUAAUUUGGAGAAACCAACUUCUUUUGUUGGAAAGUAUUUUGUUCCCUUAAUCAAUAUUAUUUAAAUUUGUGUUGUCCGAAACAAAAAUUAUUGUUGUAGUUGCGAUUCGUCGUUAAUUUGUAGCCCAACAAAUUAUUUAUCUCUGUACAACACAAUUUACUUUGUUCAUUCAAACAAAUAGUCCCCGUAUUAGGUUGUAGCCAAAUUGGAUCUUUUGUUCUUUGAACAAAAUAUUUGGUUCCACAUACAUAUUCUUGCAACAAAAUUAUUUUGUCUCUAUCUUAUUAUUGUUUAGUGUGUUAUUGCGAUAAAUAUUACCACAUGCCUUAGUUAGCUAGUUUUUUACUCACCUUUUUCUAGCAAACUUUUAAAUUGAGUUACGGAACACACUAGAUUUAAGUGCAACACAAUAAGAUAUCUUUUAUUUUCUAUUACCAAAGACUAAUAUGUAUUCGAUUGUGAGAGCCCAAGCUGGGCCAGACUGAUUGUACCCUAGUUCAUAAGAAUUUCCUUGUUUAUUGGAAAUAUAUGUAAUCCUGACAGUUUAUAUGGUGUGCAAUAAACAGAUUAAAAAAAAACAUGCUUCAGUUGUCUUGGUACGAUGCCCUACACGGAAUGAGGGAGGUUCCAGGUUCGAACUCUGGCUGAGGAGUGGCUCGGCGACAAUAAAUUUUUAAUUCUGGAUUGGGGAUGAAAAUAUAAAAAUUCUACGUUGAUGCCAGUAAUGACAAAAUCAAAGCCUGCUCCAGAAUCGUUACUAAGAAAUAUCUCGUGUAAAUGCACAGGGUCUUGUGAGAAGGCAUGUGGCUGUCGACGACUCGGCUUACAAUGCUCCCAAAUCUGUUUGUCUUGUCAAGGAAUGUCUUGCACGAAUCGAAUGACAAUUGACCUUGGAAACGAUGAAGUGGACAAAAUAGAUGAUCCCAACUUCGAAGAUUUUGAGAUCUUCUCCGGACAUCAAAAUCAAGAAGCUGAGCAAAACAAGGCAGAAAAGGAUGAAAGUGACAUAGAAGAUAUUGUAAUUCAAGCUGAGCCUAUGGAUACUGAGGAUUGAAAUAAUUAUUCAAGACGCGGAUGUUAAUUUCCAUCAACAUCUGCGUGUUGGAUAGUUUUAGUGUAUCCAAGGAAUAUCCAAAUAAUUAUCACAUCAAAAAAACAUAUUUUCAAUG